AUGAAAAGACAAAUCAUUGUGGAUCGUCAGCAACAACAACAAAUUCAUCACGAAAAGAUAAAAGCUGUCACUGAUUUAGAAAAUUCAGUGCCUCCUUCUACUCCAUCUAUAAAGAAGAAUAUUCUUUCAUCAUCUUCGGGUCCGAUCAAAAUAAAAGAAACUCAGGAUAAAUCUUUUUCAUCACAAAAGACAACAACAGGAGGUCAGAAACGAAAGGCUCUUGGUGAUAUUACAAAUCAAGAGAAGUCAACAAUCACAACACAAACAAAUCAACAACCUACAAAGAAGAAAAAAUCCGAAUUGACUACCAAGAAUUUAACAAAUCAAAAACCACAAUUGAAAAUACCAACAAUUGAAGAAUGUGAGGCUAUUGAACUUUGUCCACAAGCUGAUUCUAUAGCAGACUUUUUAGAAUAUCCAACUCCAAUAUUUAUGGAAUUUAAUCCAGAGACUGGUAAGGCUGAAGAUGUAUUUGUGACACUUUCUGACGAAAAGAUGAAACAAGUGACCAAGCCUCCAACUAGUGAGGAUUCUUCACUUCCUUUUCAAGUUGAUGUUGAUUCAAGUGGUCUUCCACUACCUUCUCCAAUGCCUUCAGCAAUUACUCCAAUUUCAUUUGAUGACAUCUUUGAUGCACUGUGA